CACGGGACGGUGGCGACGUCGAGCGAAACGAGCGUCGGGACGCAGCCUGGCGGCAGCGUCACCAGUAGGACAGCCUCCGAGACGCCACAACUGCCGUCCUCAACGAGCCACCACCACACGGGGGCCAAAUUUCGACACGGCCUCCUCCAACUCAUGAUCCACACCAUUGAUCCUAUGCACGAUGGUCAGUAUGCAGGUAAAGUGGACGAAAAGGCAACGCAACUCCACGCGAUAGCAUCGCUAAAGGUGCUGCUAGACGCUACGAAACCUCAAAACGGCGCUGCGACAAGCUCGGCAGCCAAUCAUAUCAAUACAGCGACCAAACAAGAGACUAUGCUGGCGCCUUCCAGCAUAGCGGACAUGCCCAACGGCGUGGCCAGUGCCCUGACAGACAUCAGUCUGGAUGCGCGACGCAUGUCCUCUGUUCGCGCUCGCAAGUCUCUAACCUCACAAGCCGCGGUGUGUCUACAGGUGGGGGACGGCAGCGGCGAUGAGGAGCCCCCAGAAGCGAUGGACAUGAGCUGGCCUUCGGGGGCUCGCAAGAGGAUCACCUACGUGCUCCUGGCACCAAUUGUCUUCCCAUUGUGGCUUACUCUGCCUGAUACGAGGUCGCCCAGAGGCAAAAAGUUCUUCCCCAUCACGUUCCUCGGCAGCAUCCUAUGGAUAGCGGCUUACUCGUACCUGAUGGUAUGGUGGGCCAACAUGGUGGGAUACACCAUAAGGAUUCCCCCCGAGGUGAUGGGGCUCACGUUUCUGGCUGCGGGCACCUCGAUUCCGGACCUCAUCACUUCCGUCAUCGUGGCUAGGAAAGGUUUCGGCGACAUGGCUGUUUCCUCUUCAGUCGGCAGUAACAUUUUCGAUGUUACGGUCGGAUUACCAGUGCCUUGGUUGUUGUUCGGCGUCAUCUACGGAAAGCCAGUGGAGGUAAACUCAGUCGGUAUGGUGUGCUCCAUUACCAUCCUCUUCAUGAUGCUCGUGUUUGUGAUCAUGUCCAUUGCUUGCUUCCGGUGGAAGAUGAACAGAGGACUGGGCUUCACCAUGUUUUUGCUCUACUUCGUAUUCGUGGCCGUGUCCCUCAUGUUCGAAUACGAAUACAUCGUAUGUCCCUUCUAGAACAUCACAAACUUUUUGUGAGGUAGCAAAUUGUACUGAUAUCUAAACACUGGUCGAUGAUAUUGACGGGAAUAGCGUAUAUGAUAGUGGAGUUAACUCCGUGCCCGUACUGAAAAAGAAAUCGUCGAGGACUUGGUUUUGAAUUUUGCUGAAGAUAAGUUUUUUUUCUAUUGAGAACCUUGAGUUGAUAAAAGUUGUUUUAGAAAUAGUUAGGCAGCAGAUUAUUUGCUGUCUACUGGUUUUUUGGACCUGAAGUUACGCCUAUAACUGCGACUGACGUUAUCAAAGGCGUUAUCAAAGCCGAAACGUCGAACACAAAAUCCUACAGAUUAUUGCUGGUGAACUCGAAAACAGCAAAUAAUCAGCCGUGGAAAAUUGCACAGCAUGAACAAAGUAAGGCAAAUUCAGAAAAAGUGGUUCGGUUAUUUUUUCAUUGCAAAAACCAGUAAACUGUCUGAUUUAUUUGCCUUAGAUAUUUUCGGAAGUGAAGAAUAGAAAUGCAACUUGAAAAUCGAAAAUUUUCUUUCCAAUUCAUUUAUUUCAAAUUUUUUUUGUCCAACAAAUUGUAUUUGAAUAAAGAGUGAAAAUACCCAAAUUGAUAUCCUAGUGCUUGAUCUUUUCGUCAUUUCAUCGAUAUAAAUAUCGAUUUGUAAGUGAAAAAUGUUACAACUUCAAAAAAAUAUAUACCUACAUAUAAGGUGAUACAACAAAAGUAUGAGGCAUUUUAAAUUAAUAUAAUUUACUGCUUUCCAUAUUUGGAUUUCGCCAGAAGAAGAACUCCCAGUAAGUGUAGGAUUUUCUAUGUAUAUAUCUUCUUUCCUUCAUAUAUAAACACAUAUACAUACAUAUAGAGUACAAAUCAUAUUGAAAUAGCUUAAAUGCAGAGUUGAGAUAUAUCGGAUACUGAAGAGAGAUAUAACAAUUGAAGAAACAAUACCAGAAAAGUUCAAAAUAUCAAAAAUGCAGAAUACCAUAAUUUUUCUAAUACAUAAUUUUUGAAAAUACAGAAGAUAAAAUAAAUUAGAGACAACUGUCCUCAUAGAACUCUUCUAAACUAUAACAGGGUGUACCACGUAAUAAAUCUUUUACUGAUUUCCGAAACUUACAGUUAUCCUCUGAAAUUUCAGUAUGUCCAGGUGAAUGAUUGAACAUAAUAAGACUAUUAUAAUACAAGGAGUCUUUGACUAGAGUAGAGGCUAGUAUUGGUGAUUAUCAUUAGCUCGACGAAAGGCAUAAUUACGAGUAGGUAUUGGAGUAGCCGCUAAAUCUCAGUUUAUGUUUGUUAAUCCAACAGACUGUUUUUAGAAUGACGAUUCCGAAGACUAACAAAAUUUCAUGAAGUUCAAACAAAGGUUUGCAAGUGUCUCGACUUUUGGCAUUACACAUGAAUAUUAUAGAUCUUUUUUGUAUAAUGAAAACAUCAUUGAGUUUUGCAACAUACUCCCCAGAAAGACAUUUCAUACUUUUAAUGAGAAUCAAUUAGAUAGAAAUGAGCUUAUUCAGCAGCAGACAAACAAAGUUCCUUAUAAGUUAUUCACACUGCAAAACACUCUGAAGCUAGCUUUUUAUUGAGGGUUACAAUGUGAUCGGCGAAUUUAAGUAAUCAUUUUGUCUGCAUUGUUAAUAGCAUGCGGAACGAUAUUAAUUUUGUUUUGGAGAGAUUAAAUGACACAGAUUGAAGUCGUAUCAGUUUAAAUUCUAUAUCUCCCAUGAAGAUUACAUAAAGGUAAAUUCUUCUUCUAUAUCGAUAAAUGUUGAAUCGUUUAUGUACUACUAGAAAAUCAUCGGUUCCAUUAUCGAACCUUGUGGUACGCCAUUUGUUGAAACUUGCUAUUCAGAUUUUUU